AUGGAGACAUCGCGUGGCUUGCGCAAGAGGCGCCUCUCGCCAGGGAUUUCAGUGGCCAAUGCCAAACGGCAACGCAGACAGUCGGGUCUGGUGGACUUUUUGAGGCCCAGCCAGGCAGUUGGGGAGGCAUGGCCUGUGUCAGACUUGCGAGCCUUUGACGCUCCCACAGAACCUUUUUGUGAGAUCAACUACGGUCCCCUCCUCCGUGAUGUGUUGCGUGCGCGCGGCUGGCGAUAUAGCACUGAACCAUGCCACGGUGUCUAUGACAAGGAAAGUGAGAAGAGCACAUUCUACAUCAAGGAGUUUGAGGCCUGCUUGAGGGGCAAGACGCCAGCGCAACUUUUUGGAAAGGCUGGAGCUUCUGAAGAUGGCUAUCGCUUGCAGACCCUCAAGUUGCCAAGGCAUGCUCUCUGGAUGCUGGGUCGCCUCCCUUACCGAGUUCCGGGAACCGCACGGGACCAGUGUCGCGACCGUGAGGAUUUUGUACAGCUGGUCAUGGAGCAUGGCGAAAACCUUCCGGGCAAAGCGGGCAACUACCGCAUCGCCAAGUUCCCAGGCACAGAACGGAUCCUGUUCAAGACCAAUUUCUCCAAGGCCUUCAAAGACAAAGCUUGGUAUCCAAGGACCUUCAUUCUUCCGGAAGAGAAGGUGGAUUUCCUGCGCACACUUCGUCUGCGGCCGCGCAGCUUUUGGAUCGGCAAGCCACGCAACGAGUACGGCGGAGCCGGCAUUUGCGUCUUCAAGGCGACGGAUCAGGCUUUGAGGCGCAGUGUGCGAGAGGCCAAGUGCGGCAGAUCCAUUGUGCAGCAGUACUUGGCAGAUCCCUUGCUGAUUGGGGGCUACAAAUUUCACAUGCGCAUCCAUUUGGUCAUCACCAACCUGUCCCCCCUUGAGGCUUUCGUGCAGGAGAACGGGCAGUGCCUCUUCGCCACCAAACCCUAUCGCCUUUCCGAGAAGACCUUGGGGAUGAGCUUUGAUCCUCCAGUGCAUGUGACCAACAUGGGUUUGAACGCCAUUGCCGAAAACAAAGAAAACUUCUUGAAGGAGAAGCCGGUGAUCGGCAAGGGGCAGCAGAUCCGUGUGCGAGAGCUCAUGGCUCACCUGGCAGGAUUGGAUCCCAACUUCGACAAGGCAGCCAUUUGGCAGCAAAUCCUGGACAUUGGACUGGAAACUGCUGAGUACAUUGCGCAUGCCACCGGAAGGCGUUUCAAGCUGCUGCCGGAUCGGCACUUCGAAAUCUUUGGAAUGGAUCUGAUGCUGGACAAAAAGAUGAAGGUUUGGAUGUGUGAGGUGAAUACAGAUCCUGGACUGGGUUAUCCCGACAAAGAAGUUUUGGGAUCCCCGAAUCCGGACUACAAGAAGGAACUCACGGCUUGCGCCGAGACGUUGCACGACCUCUUCACUUUGCUGGGCCUCGAUGCGGGCGCUGAGCAAGGCCAAGGUUCUUUGCGUCACUGGUUUAAGCUGCAGAGGAAGGCGCUGAAGUGA